UAUGAUAUGAGAUCGCUGGUGAGCUUCAUGGGCAUAGCUCAGGAAUGAAUGGUAUUCUUCGUCAAAGCUGUUUCAUGAAGAAACUUUCUUGUGGUUUUCAAACACUUUCACAUCCUAAACCUUUCAAUUCUCAAACACGAAAGCAGACACCGCAAAACAAGAGGCUAGACAGAGCGCUGAGAGUUCUCGACCUUAUCGCGCCGAAACCCUGCGUCACCCCAACUCGCCAAACCCAUCUUCGUCUCGUUCAAAACAUCUUACAAACAGCUUCAAACCAAGAUUGUAGCGAUGAUUUUGAUGGUUCAAAUUCAACGGUUGUGAUCCCAGAUGCGUUCGAUGAAAUUCUUCAAUUAUCUUCUAGGAAGAAUAUGAUUCCUAAGCGUAAUUUGCAAAGGGAACCGGUGGGAGUCGACGCGAAUGUUCUGUCACAUGCUGUGAGUUCAUACGGGUCUACGCGUAAUCUGCGUGCUGGUAUUCAGUAUCAUUGCUUAGCAAUAAGAACUGGGUUCGUUGACAAUGUAUAUGUGGGCAGUUCUUUGAUAAGUCUGUAUGGCAAAUGCGCCGAGUUAGAGAAUGCAUAUAGGGUUUUUGAAGAAAUGCCUGUGAGAAAUGUGGUGUCGUGGACAGCUAUUAUUUCUGGAUUUGCACAAGAGUGGCAGGUUGAUGUGUGUUUGGGGCUUUUCCAUCGGAUGAGGAAUUCGACGUUGGAACCCAAUGAAUUUACUUUCACGAGCCUUCUGAGUGCUUGCACAGGUAGUGGAGCUCUUGGGCAUGGGAGAAGUGCUCAUUGUCAAACAGUUCAAAUGGGUUUCGAUUCGUAUGUCCACAUCGCUAAUGCUCUCAUCUCAAUGUACUGCAAAUGUGGGGCUGUUGAAGAUGCGCUUUACAUUUUUGGAAAGAUGGAUGGUAAAGAUAUUGUAUCGUGGAACUCCAUGAUUGCAGGGUAUGCCCUGCAUGGGCUUGCACUGCAGGCGAUUGAUCUUUUCGGAGAAAUGAAGAAGCAAAACGCUAAACCUGAUGCCAUUACUUUCCUUGGUGUCCUCUCUUCGUGUCGCCAUGCAGGUCUCGUUAAAGAAGGCUGGUUCUACUUCAAUUGGAUGGCUGAACAUGGUGUGCAACCAGAACUAGAUCAUUAUUCAUGUGUUGUUGAUCUUCUUGGCCGGGCCGGACUACUAGAAGUGGCUCUAGAUUUUAUUAAAAAAAUGCCUAUCUAUCCCAAUGCUGUUAUAUGGGGCUCCCUGCUAUCUUCUUCUAGGCUUCACGGGAGUGUCUGGAUUGGCAUCCAGGCUGCAGAGAACAGGCUGCUGCUGGAACCGGGUUGCCCUGCUACCCUCGUGCAGUUGGCAAAUUUGUAUGCCAGCGUGGGGUACUGGGAUCGGGCAGCGACGGUGCGGAAAUUGAUGAAAGAUAGAGGGCUAAAAACGAAUCCAGGGUGCAGUUGGGUUGAAAUAAAAGAUGGUGUCUACCAAUUUAGAGUAGAAGACUGUUCGAACACCAGACUGACCGAAAUUCUUGCUGUUUUGGACAUUUUGGUAGACCAUAUGAGAACUUUAGGCUAUGAGCCUGAUAUGCAUGAGGAGGAGGUUGACAAUGUAAUGGAUCCGUUAAGGUAAGUUCAGAAAUGGCAGAUCAUCAUGUGGUUAUCUACUUCACCUGAUGUGUCCUGCCUUUAAGCAGUUUGAUUUUGGAUUGGACGAAUGGCUACUUCUUCCUUGAAGGGCUUUCAAUAAGAGAAUCCAAAUGAUACACAAACUGAAUUCCAAGAGUAUUAUCAACAGCAAUAGAUGAGUAGAGAUGGAAACACGUAAGAGUGGGUCUGCUUAUACACUCCUGUUUUCAUCUACUGUAAACGAUGAAUCUAUAUUCCAGAGUGGCAUUCUACAUUUUUUCAUUCCUCUAGCAUGGGAUAAGAGUUUUUGACAGACCUCCAUAUAAAGGUAACUUUAUAUAUAGAGAGAGAGAGAUAGAUAGAUAAUCUAACGGUAGUUUUUGGGAAAGAGUAAAUGAUAACACUACUCUGGCUUGGGUCUGGGAGCAAGAUUACUGAGGUUUCUGCCUUUUCACUGCCUGCUGGUAUAAUGCCUAGAAACAGCAUAAGUUGAUUGUGUAUUCCUUUUCUCCUCCAGUAUUAAUAUCCUUGUUGAUGUCACAGAGAAUAUAAUUUGGUGCAGAUGUUAAUGAAGUACUAGACAAAGGGGGUCCAUCAUUUUUGUUAAUUCUCGCAGCAAGAACGACCCACCUUUAUGGGGUAAAACGGAGGCGUGUUUCACUUAAAAGACUGUUAAGAAUAUAUUAGAUAUUAUCGUAGGGUUAUUUACUUUCUUAUGCAUUCUAGGUCUACCUUUCCCUAGCCUAUUAAAUUACUUGUCUAUCACUCAUAGCCUCUCUAUAAUCCUUCAU